GCCGAAAAGAAUUUCUCGACUCAGCCGCUGCCACCGCCGCCUCGAUCCCACCUACAGAACCCACGACUGGAGAACUCGAUUCGGCAGCCACAGACUCCUUCUCGUCCCUACGCCUUGCGUUGGUCUCACGGAGAGGCCUGCAGGAAAAACUGAGGGAAGAAGACGAUCCGGAGAGAAUCAUGAAGCUGCGCAAUGGAUCCCAAUAUGAUCGUUGUAGCCGCUGGUGAAUGGAAACCUAAAGAGAACGGGUGGAGCAUCUAAAGAAGAGAGAAAAUCAGAAAAGGAGAUCCAUUGGAGAAGAAGAAGCCACACAAGCAGGGGAGGGAAUCCCGAUCGUGAGGGCCUCCUUUAGGUUCGUUGAGAACACCUGAAUUUACUACACUCGUUUGCACCUUGCAAGAAUCUGUCUGUUACAUGUCAGAGUUUUGGUUUGAUUCAGAAAUUUUGAAGAUUUGGGUUAUUCAAUUUAUUCGUCUGCAAGUGGUUGGCUCAUGACCUCAAACAUUGCUUCACGCCUAUGUCAAAACCCAGUUCGCUUGCAAUAUUCAAACCUCCUUUCUGCAUUAGAAUCAUGCAAACAGACCUUGGAAAUCUCUCAAAUCCACAGCUUUAUCGUCAAAACUGGCCUUGACCGUGACCCUUUCACUUUGAGCAAGCUUCUUGCUUCUUCAAUACAAGACACACAACAUGCAGCCUCUAUUUUCAACCAAAUUCAACACCCAAAUCUCUUCAUGUACAAUACCAUGCUUAGAGCCUUUUCUAUUAGUGAUGAUCCAAAACAGAGUUUUGACAUUUUCAAUAAAUUGAGGGCUAGGGGAAUCAUCCUAGACCAGUUCUCUUUUGUUACAAUCCUCAAAGCCUGUGCCCGUGCAUCAGCCACUGUAAUGGGUCAAGCAGUUCAUGGAGUAGCAGUGAGAUCAGGGCAUGUUCAGUUUAUCAAUGUUAAGAAUACCCUUUUGCAUUUUUAUGGUGUUUGUGGCAGAAUUCAGCAUGCCCAGAAGCUUUUUGAUGAAAAUCCUCAAAUAAACGAUUUAGUUUCUUGGAACAGUUUGAUGGGUGCGUAUCUUCAUAUUUCUCAGCCUAAAGUAGUAAUAUAUUUAUUCAGGCAAAUGUGUAGGUGUUGUUUGAGAAUCAGUGUUACUACCAUGUUGACUGUUUUGCCUGCUGCUAGUGAUUUGGAUGAUUCACUUGGUGGGGAGUCUCUUCAUGGGCAUUGCAUUAAGAUUGGAUUUUUUUGUGAUUCAAAAGUGCUCUCUGCCUUGGUUGAUAUGUAUGCAAAAACAGGGAAUAUUGAUACAGGGCGUAGGAUUUUUGAUAGUGUGGCUGUGAAGGAUGUUGUAUUGUGGCAUUGUAUGAUAGGCAACUAUGCCAAGAGUGGUUUGCUUAAAGAAUCCAUAGCUCUUCUACAGCUAAUGGAAUAUGAACAAGUGGAGCCCAAUUCUUCUACAUUGGUAAGUUUGCUUUCUGCUUGUGCUGCAUCUGGAGCCACAAAUGUAGGCCGGUGCAUCAGCAAUUAUGUUGAAGGACAUGGGUUACCAUCAGAUGUGGUUCUUGGUACAGCUUUGCUUGAUAUGUUUGCUAAAUGUGGCCUUUUGGACAAGGCUAUUGAUAUUUUUGAGAGGAUGGAAACCAAAGAUGUAAAAUCUUGGACAGCCAUGAUUUCGGCUUAUGGUGUUCAUGGAAGGGCAAGAGAUGCCAUCUCAGUCUUCCAUAGAAUGGAGGAGGAAGGAUUUAAACCUAAUGAAGUCACUUUUUUAGCAGUGCUGAGUGCUUGUAGCCAUGGAGGAUUGAUCAUGGAAGGGAUGACAUGUUUCAAGAGAAUGGUUCAAAAAUAUGGAAUUUCACCUAGGAUUGAACACUAUGGUUGUGUGAUUGAUCUUUUCGGUAGAGCAGGCUUGCUAGAGGAAGCAUACAGCUUUAUUGAAAGCUUGCCCAUUAAAGGUGAUGCUACUGCAUGGCGUGCACUGCUUUCAGCUUGCCGAGUUCAUGGAAAUGUUAGAUUGGGGGAACGUGUGCAAAGAGUUUUGGUUGGAUUUGACAAGGGACAUCCCACAGAUUCAAUCCUCCUUUCCAGCACUUACGCCAUUGCUGGAUGGUCCCCUGAUCGGGUAAGAAUGCAGGAAACUAAAGAAGAGAUUACCGAGUUUGGGAACGGGUCAGCUGAAAAGCAUGUGGAGAUGAUUAAGGAAGCUGGAUAUAGCACAAUAGAGAUGGAAAGUGAGGAGUUUGAGCAGGGUUUGUGAGAUCAUAAUUCGCAUGGUUGCUGACCAAAGGCUACAAUGUUUUUUGCUUUUUAUACUGAUUGGCAAGUUUGUAGAUGAAGAUUUGUUACUUUUCUAAUAGGUGGUACAUGAGAAGAUUUGCUACUUUCCAUUUGAUAAAAUCUGCAUACAGAAAUUCUUUGAUUAUUAUGUUUUUGUUUUAGAUUGUCAAUGCCACAUGCUAAAUCAAGACACGUUUAAAGACAGCAAGACUCUGCAAGCAAAGUAUCACUGAUUUUUUUCCCCUUUUACAGUAUAAACAAAUUAUCACUAA